AUGAUCUUGUCCAUCUCAAUGCCCAAGGGCGGCCGCUUCUUCAGGUCCCGCCAAUCCGAUGAUUCCGCCUCGACAGACGUCAAGACACCUCUGGAUUUGAACGAGGUGCUGGAAGAUAUUACGGAAGAGCAGGAGCCUGAUCUCAGAGAACUGAAUACUGCACUUGGUGCCCUGGUCGACAUAUUUCCCGAUGUGCAGCCCGACGUCUUUCGUGAGAUGCUUCUAAGUCUGUCCAAAGAGAGCAGGCUCGAGGUUGUGACCGAACAUCUUCUGAGGAAUGGAGCACAAUACAUUCAAGGACGCUACAGGAAAAAGCCAUCCGACGACAAGACUAGCCAGCCACGCCACGUCGAGCCACUUCCCAAGGACGAGACGUUUAGGUCCGACAAAUACAAGCGUGCUGUCAAGGAUACUCUAUAUCUUGAAUUCAGAAACCUGAGUCACUCCUCCAUAAGAGCCGUUCUGGCCGAACAUAAUUAUUCAUACACACUCGCCCGUCCGACUCUGCAGCAUCUGUCUUCGAGAUCAUGGAGAGCCACCAUUUCAGGCUUCUUCACCAGGAAACGUCCUGCCACCUCUGAUCCUGACUCUCAUCCUUUCGUCGAAUGGCUUACCAACUCCACCGAACCACUCAAUUUGUUUCCCUACCUCAAGCGGACUGGUUGCACAGAGCUGGAUCAAGAGCUGUAUCGCAUGUAUAUUGCUCCUGUCUUGGCUCGCCAGAACCAGGAACGACUGGAUCAGGAUCAAGCUUUAGCAUACGAACUCAACGAGACGGAAGCCGAAGAGGCCGAUGCUCUGUUUGACUGCGAGUGCUGCUUCACUGCCUAUCCUUUCGAGUCCAUAUCUACAUGCAACUCUGAUGUCGGUCACUUCAUCUGUUUCAGAUGCAUUAAGCUUGCUGUAAAUGAAGCUCUGUAUGGUCAAGGAUGGGCAAGGAAUAUCGACUUGAUAAAAUCUUCCUUGCGAUGUCUGGCUCCAUCUGUUCCCGAAUGUCAAGGAUGCAUCAAUCCGGAACUCAUCCAAAGGGCUCUGUGUACAGAANAGGAUGGUGCCACGAACUGGCAAAAACUCCAGGAGCGUGUCAUAUCCGAAAACUUGGUCAAGAGCCGGCUGCCUCUUUUGAGAUGUCUAUCUUGUCCUUAUGCUGAGCUUGACGAGCCGACUAGCCUGAGAUUCAGAGAUCCAAUGGCUCUGACCGCCCACCUCGUCCACAUGCCAAUGGACCCGCUGAAAUCCUUGAUUGCAUUGAUGUUCAUCUUUGUUUAUCCACUGGUGUGGGUUGUGUUAUAUCCUCUUCUCAUCCUCGUUGCUGUGGUCGACAAGUCAGCACAUACUCGCAUCCAAGCAUCUCGAACACGCACAAUCCGCCGGAGACGAGGACUGAAGUUCACUUGUCAAUCUCCGACUUGCGGCAAGAGCUCAUGCACCAAUUGCGGUAGCCCAUGGUCAGAUCCUCAUGCCUGCAACGAAGCCUCUUUGCAAUCUCUCAGACAGGCGAUCGAGGCUGCCACAACAAGCAGUAUCAAGCGCACCUGUCCAAAGUGCAAUCUCAGCUUCGUCAAAUCGAGUGGCUGUAACAAGCUCGUAUGUAAUUGCGGAUAUUCCAUGUGUUAUGUCUGUCGUCAAGAGAUUGGACGAGAAGGCUAUGGUCAUUUUUGCCAGCAUUUCAGAGAGGCGGGAGGUCGUUGUUCAGAGUGCGACCGUUGCGACUUGUACGUUGUCGAAGAUGAAGAAGGCACCAUCCGCAGGGCUGCAAUCCAGGCCGAAAAGGAUUGGCUGCAGCGGGAAGGAAAGAGCAAAGACACUGACGACAAGCUUGGAGCUGUUGUCAACGACGUCCUUGCCAAUGCUACUGGCGGGAAGCGGUGUGAUUAUGAUGCAUGGCUUGAUUUUUUCAUGAUGAUUCUUUUGGAGUAG